CUUUCUUAUGAAGCGAAACAACUAGAUGAAACAUUACAAAAGUUCUUCGCCGAGAUCCGUAAGAAAGAUGGUUCUGAGUACGAACCUGACAGUUUGAGAGUUGUGUUGGCGUCAUUGGACCGACACCUGAGAGAAAAGGAUGCUGCCUUCUCAAUAGCCAAGGAUAUCGAGUUUUCCAACAGCAGAAAAGUACUUGAAGGAAAAGCAAGGCUUCUUCGUCAAGAAGGUUUCGGAAAAAGCCCAAACGCUGCAAAGGCACUCACCUCUCAAGACGAAGAGUUGUUGUGGUCCAAAGGAGUGCUUGGAAGCCAUUCUCCACAGUCACUGAUACAGACCAUGUGGUUCUUGCUCACCCAGCACUUUGGUUUGAGGGGCUGUCAGGAGCACCACGACAUGUACGUUGAAGACUUUGCCUUCAGUACCGACGACAAUGGUAUUGAAUUCGUGACUUACGAGGAAAACCCCACGAAAACUCGCCAAGGUGGACUUCGCAAGAAACGAAGAGUCGUUCAACCCAAGAUGUUUGCUACCGGAGGACAGAGAUGGUCCGUGUGGUUUUCGUCCAUUUGAUUUUUAUUCCAAAUUGAAAAUUGAAAAUCAAAAAUUCACAAUCGUGAUUUUCAAUGUUUGAUUCCUCAAGAAUUGAAAAUCACAAAUUUACAAUCUCAAUCGUCAAUUUUUGUUUCUAAGAAACAAGAAAUUGGAAAACAAUUUUCAAUAUUUUGAAAAUCAAAAAUCAAAAAUUGAAAAUGGCCAGGUGGCGGCUUUCAUUUCUUGUUUUUAAGGAAAAGGAAAACUAAACGAUAAUCUUUAAUUUUGAGAUUUUUGCCUGGUACCGAAGUUGAAAAUGUAUUUUCAAUUUCCACUUCCCUAGAUUCCAGCUUAUUAAAAAUUCAAACUUGACAAAGCUAUUCAUGUGUAACGAAACUGCGGGAAACAGUAUCAAUGCUGAUGAAAUCCGAAAUGAAAAUCGUUUUUUGAUUUUCGUAUUUGAGAAAAACAAAAAUUGCCAACCUACCAAAAAUCCCUGUGAUGGGAGGGGAGGGUAAAGCCGGAAGUGGGGCGACCGAAAGCAAGAUGGCCGUCGUCUUUUUACCAAGCGGUGUUUCGUGUCUUCGUCGAGCUGUCUCUAGCGGAAAUGUUACACCAACAGCAAUCCGAAGCCUGCCUGUACCAUGGCCAAGAAGUUUCAAAGAAAUGCGCCGAAUAUUUUUUUCACGGUAAGUGUGUUUUUUUGUUUUAACCUUGCAACAUCCAAGGCUACGCUACGCUAGAGUUUCACUUCUGGUCCCAGUUGUUCAAAGGCCGACGUAACCCGGGUUUUUUUUACUUUUUUCAAAAGCAUUUUUUCGGACAAUUUCCUCUGAUAUUCAUAGAACAUCGAAUCAUCAACUUUUUGACAAAAAGAAUUGAACUGAAUUUACUUUAUAAGCUUUCAUAUUUGAAUUCAAAUUUUGCACUUUUUAAACCCUGGGUUAUCUUAACCCAGCUUUGAACAGUCCGGCCCUGGUCUUUAAAUGUGUCUAGUAGGCGAGUACUACUGGCGGCUGAACCUUAGUUUAGCGAGUACAGUCAACUCCCUUUAUUUCGGACACCGUAGGGACCUCGAGUUAGGGUCCUCACUAGCGAGAGUCCGUAAUAGUGGGAAAUUAUUUCAGUCAAACAUCUGUAACUUAUUUUUUUGCUCGUGAUUUAGCUGCUGUCCGUAUUAACGGGGUGUCCGUUAUAGCGGGGUGUCCGCAAGGCGAGAGUUGACUGUACGUGUUUUUCCUACAGUUUGAUUCUGGCCUACCCUAUUUCCAUUUGUUAAGUUAACUUAAGCCUUUAUGAACAUGUUAUUCUGAAUGCUAUUUAAGCUUACUCUUACCCAGCUGGACUCCAGACCAUCAAGUGUAAGAAUUACUUUGAGGAGGAUUCUCCUGAACAUGUAGUGCGUAGUUUGUUGAGGAGUUUCGGUCUGAAAACAGAUAUACACUGAUUUCUUGGUCUGGAAUCAGGUUUAGUUUUAGAGAGAGCUACGGGUCUCUUUGAACUUAUUUGUAGUUUCAAUUCCAAAUGAAUAAGAAAGAAUAAUAUGCGAAGUGGAAACGGAUUUUAAAAACUCUUUUUGUGGGCGUUCUAAUCUAACUAAUGUUGGCGUUCUUAUCUAAAUAACGAUGACAUAUAGGCCAGGUCUGUUGGCGUGGGAAAUGGCAUUUUUUUGUUCUGAAAUAGGGUCAGGAUUUGGAGAACCAGGUGGCACACCCUUACCAAGAGUUCUUAGGAGUACCCCUCGGAAUUAAAGUAUCAAACAGUGAAAAGUCACAUAUUUGUUGAAUAAUCUUAUUUCACUUUAUUUAGCUCAGAACUGGAACAAUUUUUUGGUGUACUGUGUUAAGUUAGUGCAUCACACCAAACCAGUAUAUCUACACCUGACAAGAUGGAAUCAUCAAAUAUUAAAAUCUAUAUAAACCUCUGUAAUGUUCCUAAAGUUGAGCAGGUUGUUAUAUUUGGCCUGAGUUUUUAAUUAAAGUUUAGUUUUCUUGUCUUAAACUGUAAACAGGGUCUAACCUGUUUCGGUUCUGGCAGCACACCUUUUUUAGCAACAAUUUAAACUUCCCUUAUGUAGUGCCUCCUUCCCUUAGAGGCUCCCUUCUUGCUAUUUAUAACGGUGUCAGAGAAGGAGCUGCUUCCCCCAACUGUCCUAAUGUUUGUUGUCAAGGGAUUUGCAGGCAUUGUGUGUGGCACGAAAAUGCUGUGUUUUCUUACUGCGCACACUCUUUUUUGCAACCACAUUUUCUGAAAGGGAAUGGACGGUUGUUUGCCUUUGGAUAUUUUAACCAGGACAUUAUUAUAACCAAUCACUCAUAUCUUAACGUGCUAUGCAGGAUAAGUUUCUGGUAACCUGAAUUUUAAUACUGUUUAAUUAUGAGGCUAAUUGGUAUGUGAUGUCACAGAAAGUUGUUACUGCAUUGCGGAAGGGAGUUUGAUUAUUAUUCACAGCUUCGUGAAAAAUACUGUUAAAGGAUGGAAACUGCUCAUGGAACUGAUAACAUCGUUGGGACAUGAGAUCUACAUUUCCUUCCAGAGGGUCAUUUCCCAAUUUUGACCACUGUGUUAAACUUCUUCCUCUCUGCUCAUACAUCUGCACUGCUUGCUCAGUAGAUGGGACAUAGCUCUCUGGUAUUGGCACAGAUUGCUUAUUAGUUUUCAUGAGCUCAUCAGGAACUCCCUUUCCUAGAAAUACGUAUGUAAGAUCAAGACAUGGGUAGUCUAAAAGCAGUUAACUAACAUACAUGUACUUGCAAACAGAAUGGAAGUGAAAGUAUUGACUGACAGAAGAUGUGAAUCCCAACACAAGGUGGCUGUAAGGACCUAAAAUUCUUAUGUACAGGGACUCGUUUCCUUCAUCACAGAAAUAUACAUACACAGAAAAAUAAAGUACAUUGUGCAAAGGUUAUAUGUAUGAACUCUGUUGAAAGCAUCGUUUAUAUUCAAAAAUGCAGUGUAAUAGGAAAAGAGAGGAAACAACAGUUUUAAUAUGUGAACCAAAAAAAAGGGGCUGGUUAAUACUGUAUAGAGAGUCUGGUUUACCUGGAAUUGGAUGGUUGUUCCAUGCAUCAAUAACUUGUUGACUUCCAACUUGGCAUACUCUUGAAGUGACCCAGGACACACAGAACUUAGUGGCCUCAUCAUCUAUAUUAAUGUUUUCAUCAUUAACCAAGGCAUUCAAAAUUCGUUUCACUGGGUAAUUGACUCGAGCAUUCAUUUCAACCCAAAUUCUUUCAGCUGUGUGAUUCUUAAGGAUAAAGAAAGAAAUUAAUUAAUUAAUUAAUUAUUAAUGUUACAAAUGUUGCACAUUUUAAAUCACUCUUUAAAAGAAAAUCUCAAAAGUAUUAUUGUAUUCUAUGCUUAUCAACUUUCCAUUUGUAGCUGUAGGUUUAAGAUGACCACUGUUAUUUAAUGUAAAAUACGACCAAAUUACCAAAUGUAACAUUUAAGGCUGUUUAAUUAACUAAACAACAAUUUACCUGUUUUGAGUUGGUCUGUACAUAUGGUGCACGAGAAGUGUUUUGUCUGUGUGGAGAUAGAAUGUCUUGAACAAAUAAGGUCAAAUAGAAUUCAGCACCCAUGUCUACUCGUACCUGAUCCCACACACCAUGAAGCAAUACCGCAGGCCUGUAAAUCAAAUAGCUUCAUGAGUUAUUAGUGGGGAAUGGAAAUGCUAUUUAGUUUUAUAAAAAAAAGUAAUAAGUAAAAUUCAUGGCCUGAGGCUUACUUGUUUAGUAUCUCUAAUCCAAUAAACUAGCCAAAUUACACCACAAGGCUACACAGUGGAACCUCCAUUUUAAGCACGAAGUUGUAAUAGUAUAAGGAAGUCCUUGGCCCCAGCACUGGGAAAAUAUUUGAAUAAGAAUCUUGCUAUACUGAAAGCCCAAUUGAUGUAGCUAACUUAUUCUUGCAAUUUCCAUGCACAGGUAGAUCUAAUGUACUGUACUUUACAUGUUGUGUUGAUGAUGUAGGCAGGGCUCUUCAGUUGUAACCAGAGGCUUUGGAUGACAAAAAUGUAACUGUUCAGGACAUUGUCAAAUAAAGACUCCUGAACUCACAAAUCUGGGAGCAAAGUACCAUGCCCAUAUACAGCAUUUGCACAGAGGACCAGGCAACAUGGUUGUUGUCUACAUCCUAUUCCCCCUUCAUAGUGUGCUAGUCCCUUAGGCCCCCACAAAUACCCUGUCAGGUCCUUAAAGGCUCCUUCCAUGACAGUUAUUAGUAUAUCUGUGUAAUGGGAUAAGUCUCUUUUUGCUAACCAAGGAAUUCAUUGUUGCAUCUUGCAUAUGGUCACUCACCUAAACACGUGUUCAUAAAUGAGGAGGUUAUUCUUCACUGGCAUAAGGGCAUGGCUUACGACUCUUCCACUAUACCCAUCAGUAGCACACACAUGAGUCACCCCAUACAUGGCAAUUUUUUCAUUCUGGUCCAUGUGGAUUUUGUGCCCAAAGUAUUGUGCAUAGUAUGGCAAAGGGUUUGUUGCACGUUCAGUCCUUGUUAACCUUUGCUGGUGGUAAACUGGGGCAACAGAUGCUAGAGAGGCACCAAUACGCUUGCUGCAAAUAUUAACUCCCUGUUUCCGGAAGUAACCUUUGAGCAUUUUGCGUCCCCAAGUAGGACCAACCUGUCAAUGAUAUCAAAUUUAGCAUUUAAACAAACUUUGACUAAAAUCAUUGAUCCACUGAUUUUUUUUCAACUACUAAAAGUUUCAGGGAUACAUUGUACAACAGAUAUUGCGUAACCCUUGUGCACAUGUCAUUGGCUUGCUCCAGGGGUAGGUAUCAAGGCAAACCAGGGGGAUUGUAAAAUGGGUGGAGCAAAUUUACGAAUUUCUGGAAUUUAACUAGACAAAUAAUUACCCUGGGUCAGGUUAUGUUAGUUCGGUUACACGUACAUUUUAAUCAUUUAUUUUAGGCUUGGAGAAGCAAUAUAUUUUCUUAACUAAAAAAGUCAUCAAUAAAUGAUCAGAAAACAGCACCUUAAGAAAGAGAGAUGACUCAGCUGGUUCUUUUUUUCUGUAGGGGAGGGGCAAAUUAACAACAGUGUCAAGUUGGAAGGAAAGGUGCGGUGAAAUUCGAUUGUUUUAUUUUUUUUUUUUACCACGAUCCUUAUCAUUCUUCAUGAAAUCUUGCUCUUUCUCAUGUGGUAUCACUAAAACAUUGUCAAGAAAUAGUGCCAAGCAAAGUAAAUUUUUGCAUGCAUGUUCAUUACAGUCUAAAUAUUACAUGUAAUAGUGAUGUUCUUGUUCUGUUGCCAAAAAAAGAAAAUUGACAUUGAUAAACUUAAUAAUAAGUAAAGAGGAAAUUUGCGGAAUAAUUGUAGUGGGUUAAGCUGAAACUACCAGUACUUAUAAAGCAUCAUGAGGUAAAUUAUUUGUAAUGUCAAGUUAUAUUGCAUAGCCCAUCUCAACGUACUCCCUUGGUUGUCCCUGGGUACUACCCCUGGGGCAAGGGGAUAAAUAUUUUUAAAAUUUCUCAGUUAAGUUAACACAAGGGGUGUUCCUUUUUUUUCUAAUUCGGAAUUUUUUUUUCUUCUUCUAAAAUGAAGGUGACAAAAUUUUGAAACUUCAGACAGAUUUUUCAAAGGUGCCAGCAAGAAAUGAACCCUUCGGGUGCGAGAAAGCAAUAAUUUGAUACGGUUAAUUUUAAAACAUAUUUCUUAGGUUUUCAUGACUCAAAAUAAUUAUCCUUUUUGAAUCUCAGCUUCGGUUUUAUUCUUAAAAUAUUCUUAAAAUUUUGCAAAUUUUAGCCUCGAUAUUCUUAUAAAAUAUAUUCUUACAGAAAGAAAGUGUAUUGCCGUUUCUAUGUUACCCCAGUCGCCCAUUCUCCCAGGGAUAUGAGCUACGUACAUUUGCGCUUAACACAUUCUAAUACAUAUGAUAUCUAAUCUUUACAUCUAACCUUCUGUAUAGCUCCAACCGUUGCUGAUGCCAAAGCUGUGCUAUCCAGACCUGACCUGUAGUGGAUGCCAUAAUUCUCGCAAAAUCGUCUGACCGAACGUUCACUCAGGCCACGAUUGAUUCCGAGACGAACCUUCAGAGCCUCACUGAUCUCACGAUGGGUUUUUCUCCCUAUCACGACCUGUUCUCUAAUCCAUUCCGGAUCAAUUUUUUCCAUCACGAAAUACCGUUGUUGUCAAGGCUCGGAACUCUCGUGCAUUGCAGAUUUAGCGCCAAUAUGUAACGCUUUACUUUAUUUGUUUCUCUUGCCAAGGAGACUGCCGAGGAUCACAUUGGUCGCCUUUCCCGCCAAGCACGUUAUUACCCAAUCAUAGAUGGGUAUAUAUGUGACGUACGCUACCAGAGUUCGCAGUUCUACCGUUCGAUUUCAUGAUGGCGAGAAAGUACGAGCUCAGCAGAGAGGGGAAUGAUUUAAGACUUACAUUUUCCAGUUCGGAUAUUACAUUAUCCAGACUAGCUACCGCAUUUGAGGUGAGUGUCACUCUUCUGCCCCCACUUUUCAACACCUUUGCCUACUUUGUGACCUCAGCAGAGUCCUACCGUUCACAAGUGAUUAUCACAAGCCUAAUUUGGAACCGCUCUUUUGGGCACUUCUAAACCUCACGUAUGCUUCGGCUUAUGUUUUGCUGUUUUGAGUAACUACUGGUAGUGUGAUCCACUCAAACUCUCAAUCAGAACCUGUUCAUCAAACUGCCCAUGAAAUUCGCUCAAAGCGGCUUGCAUUUGCCCGGGGGGGGCACUGCCAUAUAUGGGCUAUAUAGGUAUGUGCCGCUGUGAAGGGUAUGGUUUUCAAGCAGUUUACUCUGGGAUAGGGUAUAUAAAUCAGAGUGUUUGGGUCUAGAAUAGGGUAUCAUUUUUCAGGAAACUGAUCAGUUGGUUGAAGAUUUUAUCUGGAGUAGGGAAACGGGGAAUUGCCACUCAAACAUAUAAAAAAAUCAAAUUUGAAAUUUGAAAUUUACACAACUCAGCUUGUUUUGGCUAGACUAUGCUAGUGACCUCAGUAGUUUAUGGAAAACAGCUACUCUAGGAUAGGGGGGAUUUGGGGAGUUUACUCUAGUAUAGGGUGGCAAAAUUCAGCUGAACUAGCUCUGGUAUAGGUUAAGGGUUCCAGGGUACCAGCGGCACAUCCCCACCCAGAAAUUUCUAAAGUACCCCCCCCCGGGUGCAUUUGUCGCUGAAGUCUUCUCUGACCACGUGCGCGCGUUUGCUGUUCCAAAAGAAAAUUUGCCAGUAUUUGCUGAUCCAUUAUAGUAAAACCGUUUUUUUGUGAAUGAUGAUUUAUUAGACGGCUUUUGUCAUUUCGUGAUAUGUCUGAUAAGGGAACCAUAACUAAUAAGCACGUACUAUGACUUUAUGUUAGAAAACAUGUUCAAGGGUAAUUCAGGGACACUAAAUCUCCCGAAUGAGUGACUGAAAUCGUCCUGUUAGCUUUUCUGCGCUUUAGUGUGAUAUUUGGAAAAUUUUUUACUCAAAAUUUGAAUUUUUUUAACCCGUAGUACGGUUUCUGGUGCAUUUUUCCACUAUAUAUAGUCACUGACAAAGAUUUAUAAUUUGGCAUAAAAAUCGAUUAUCCCGAAUUUUGAUAGUAUUUACUUUAUGUUAGAUUGUCCUAAGCCAUUCACAUUGGGGGCUGGUUCAAUUUGUUGGAGGGGUCCGUUGAAAUUCGGGAGGGGGUAGUAAAAAAGAGAGAGUCUCCAGAUUUUAGAUAUCCAGAGAUUUUCUGGGUGAUCAAAUUUUUGAGUGCAAGUGGGUUCAAACUGAUUUUGUUCACAACAUUAAUUUUAUUUCUAAAGAAAAUUUUUAUUACAUUCACAUGUUGUUAACAUAAGCUGCAUGAUUAACGAAUGUUUGUUGCUCUUAUAGUUCUGUUGAGCAAAGUCACAAUAGUCAUACAUGUAUUUUCAUAAUUAUAGUAUAAACAAGGAAACACUAUUUAAACAUGAUUAACUUUCCAACACUUGGACUUUAACUCAGUAUACACUACAUAGGUGCUCCCUCAUUUUUAUAUAACAUUUAAUAAUGAUAAAAUUGAUGGUAAUAUCGUUAACAGAGAGCAGGCAAAAUAUUUGGUAAAUAGGUACUUUUAGUGUCUCAAAUAGAUAUUCCUUAAUGGAAUAACUUUAAAGACGACCACAAGGAUUGAUUUUUUUUAACAAUAAUAUUUUAAUCUCCUUAGGUGUCCCCCAGUUCUCUUUACAUAAAGGAAGAAUGGGGGGAUUGCACAUAUUGGGCAAACGAAAGUGGUCGUUUCAAUCUGUCAAACCUUGCAGAUGGGACUUGCUUAGUGGUGAUGGGGCAAAGUAAAAACAGUGUCAUAACAUCAGAAACUGGAAAUUGCCUGUCUUAUGCAGCACCUGCAGACACAGGCAAAUCAAGAUUACCAUUCAAGCCUUUCUUCAGGAGAGGAAAAUCAAAUUCAGCAUCAACUUUUGGUUGCAAGAUUAUCCUUGCGAAAAAGAAUGGCAAGAGUUUCACUGAGUUAAAUCAGACAUACAUAAAUGUUAGUGAAGACAGUGCCAAUGUGGAAGACAUAACAAGAAAAGUGCAAGAGAAGUGGGGUAACGUGGUACUGGUAGCUGGUAAUGGUCUUCCCAUUCAGGAUGAGGAGGGAACUAGGGGUAAGGGGUUUAUUAAAGUUAUCUUUCAGCAACAUAUUAGUAGGCCAGGCUGUGAGGUACUAGUAAAUUACUAUUACUGUAUACAGUACCUAGUUGUUGGAUUCAUUGCCUUUUACCAGGCAGAUAAUCCAAUAAUAUAUGUUCUUAUGAAAGUAGCAAGGAUAAAUCCCUGACCUGGUGGCCAUUAAUUUGACUGCCCUGCUACUAAUUUAUUAUAACAUGAGUAUUUUGCGUUGAAGACCUGUGGUGAAAGAAUUUGCCACAAAAUUAAUAAGAAAAAACAUAACAGAAAAGCUUCAUUGGUGAUAAAUUUAUGUGGCUGAACCUUUUAUUUGAGAUUGAAAUAAGACUUGUUCCAAUGUUGAUCAUAACACACACAGUCAGGAAGAUACUGUAAAUACCAUCAAUUGAAGGUACAGUAGCUGGUUUCUAGAGUGUUAACUUUAGAACAAAAAUGUUGGGUAUCUGCUGAGAUGCCUUUUUUAAAUAAAUGCUGCAAAAUCGAGUGCAGAUAGUUAGUCCCAGGACUGUACAGCAGUACAACACAUUAAAACAUUUUAAUUUCCUUUGUUUUCCACUUAUGCAAACCUGCUUCAGGAAGACUGACUUAUGAGCUAAAAUGUUUUAAAGGUGCAUUUUUUUAAACUGCUAAUGAUUAACUUGUUUAAAGGACUAGUAAAUGUAGAUCUGAUCACACUUUGUCCAGCCUAAGUGGACAUUGUUGCACCCUGAGAACGGUCUAAAACACUGCCAACCUUAAAGUUUAGCCAUGUACACUAAAAUAUUUACAAAGUUAACAGAAAUACCAAGACAUAGAAUCAUGACAUGCAUAAAGUUUCAGGGCAGUAUCGGAGGGCUCAGAUUACCAGGUUAUAAAAUAACAAUGUAACAAUAUAUGAACUUGACAAAAUAGGCAUAAUAAAAUUAAAUACAAUGACAAGUUUACGUUUAACGGCAAUUGAAAGUCAUCAUUGUGUAACUUGUGUAAAUAGUUUAUGUAACUUAUGUACGUAAUUUUUUCAUUUUAAAACAGGAUCAAAAUUCUGGAAGUGUCCAAGUAGAAGAGUUUUUGCCAUAAAAGACAAAGAAACUGCGAAAGUAAAAGCAUCAAAGAGAUACCAUGAGAGUGAACCUAGCUCUGAAGAAGAAUUUGGAAGAGAGAAGUGUGCUCCUAAAAAGAAAAAAGCUGACAAAUUUGUUAAACAAGAAGUGAAAGAGAUAAAGGAAGAAACCAGUAUGCUGAGGGAAGAGCUACAAAACAACAGUUCCACUUUGGAUGAAUGUAAAACUAUGCUACAAGAGCUGAUAGUGGUCAACAAGUUUCUACCUCUACCCCCCUGUUUAAUUAAGUUAGUUUCUGAUGCGUUUAAGUGCAAAAUAUGUCUUAGGGCACCAAUGACUCCCCCUGUCAUUGCAACAAGAUGUUGCAAUGUACUCAUUGGCUGCAGCAUAUGCACCAAUGAGUGGUUUUCUGGAGAUGGGGGGCUGGAUAAGAGUUGCCCAAAUUUGAGAGAGCCAAGGGUUAUGCACAAACUUUUCAGUUCAAGGGUAUCGACGAUUUUUGAAGGAUUUAAAAACUUAUGGCAGACCCAUCUGCAGGGGAUGAGGAGGAGAGUCUCGAAUGAAAAAAAAGACAUGCUACACAAAGUCACAAAUAACUUCUUUACACUGUUGUGUUAAAAGGGCUAGCUCACAAUUUUCGCCAGUUUCAAGGAUGCAUGGAAGCACAAAAUCGGAGAAGUUAAAGUGGGCUGCAUUGAAUUUUACUUUGAAAAGAUCAGCCCAAGUUCAGUAAACAUGAAAAACUCUCCAUAUUUGGCAUCUCAUACGUGAAGUUAUUUCCCCAUUGUCUUUAUACAUGGUUUACAUUCACAUGAAGUGCCAUUUUUCUUGAUAUAGCAAGGGUUCGGGUGACCAUAACUAGUGGUCUUCAGUGUUGUGUUUAACAAAUCUGCAUCAAUGAGCAGCUUCCUUUGAGUGCAACAGGCAUCCCUGGAGACCCUUGGAGAUUUGCUUAAAUGCCCAAUCAAAAGGAGAUCAAGCCCCACCUGUUGUGAGUAACAGUACCUGUGAUAAAACUAAGAGAUCAGUUGGAUAUCACACCACCAGUACAUUGAGCAAGAAUCUUCUUGCAAUCUUGGCAAAUGUCCCAAGGUUUUUAUGGGUUCCUGGAUACUGGCACUCUAGGGCAAGCCCCUAACUGAUGCCUUUUUACAACUGUUCCCCAGAAACAAUAGAACCUGUUGUUCUCUAGUGUUGUGUUAACAUGAAUGAGCUACUGUAGGUGCUCUCAGCAAAGUCAGAAAAUAUUGAGUUACAGGACAUUGAAUUUCAAAUAUUUUUGUCACAUAGUAAAAAAUAUAGUUUUUGUGCAAAAAACCCCUUCCCCUUCCCCCCCUCCCCCUAAAAAAGGGCUCUUCUUGGCCCAAAGUACAACAUUUCACAAACAUUACAACUGCAAAAUUAAUUUUUUCAGGGCAUUUGAGUAAUGCAUGCCUGACCACCGUUUGGAACAGAUCCAUUAUCAUCUGGUGGACAAAAUUCUUAGGUUCAACCAUAUUCAUUUUGUUUCAUUUUUCAUCAUUCAUCUUUCUGUUCCAUUGUGUUGUUAUGCUUCAUGAGGGGUGAGAUUUCAGUUGCUUUAAAGAAUGCAAAGUAGAGUACAAUUCCUGGAGGUACUCAAUCAUAUAGUUGUAUUUUGCCAUCAAGUACAGGUCCUCCAUACUUUUCAGUUCAAGUGUACCAUUUCUUUAGCACGGACUUUUCAGUAGCAGCUUCUGAGUCUGAACAGGAAAACCACUGACAGGUGCUUCUUGUUCACCCAUUUUUUCUGCAAGGUACUUCAUCAAAUUUCCCUCAUUCAAUUCAACAGCUGAAUCAGAACGUGAAAGAUAAUUUUAAUAUAUGUGAAAUAUUUGGUUGAUGCAAGGGUCAGCGUUUAUAAAUCACAUGCUUUACAUUUUUUGGGGGGGGGGGGUGAGGGUUGAUAUAUAAUCUCUACACUGUGCCUAACAUUGUUCCAGUUUUUGGGCUUAAUAAAGUGAAAACGAUUCAACAAACAUGGAAUUUAUUCACUGUGUAUAAUCGUUUCAUCGUUUGAUUACAACAGCACUCCCGCCAAGGGCAUACGGAAGCUGAUUGGUUAGGAUAAAUGGGUAAAUCUAAGUAUGCUUUCAUUAGGCAAACGAUCGGCCCUCCUCAAUAAAGAAAUUUUACACUACAUGGUCUGGAGAGCAGAAUCACAAGAGAAGUAGCAUACAAGGGAGACAAGAGGACUGCAAACUAGCAAAAUAUUGAUUAACAAAACCUCUCUGAUACAAAACAUUUUAUUUUCGGUAGAAUCAAACUGUAGGAAAGACACGUACUCCUUAAACUUCAGUUUCCGCCGCCAGUAGUUCUCGCCUGCUAUAGACACAUUUUUAAAACUACCAGGCCCGGUUGUUCAAACGUUGGAUAGCACUACCCGGCCACUUACUUGCAUCUCGUUGAAUAACACAAGAAACUAUUGUGUUUAUGCCUCGUUCUUUAAGGCGUUCGGACAAGGGGCUGGGUAUUCUGCAGUUACUACCAAGCGGAUAAGUAUUGAGGAAACCAAUUGCGUUACAGAACUAAAACUCUCUACCCUGCGUAGCGUUGCCUUGGAUGUUUAAUGUUAAAACAAAAGCAUACUUACCGUGAAAGAAACAUUCAGCCCAUUUCUUUGAAAACUUCUUGGCCAUGGUACAGGCAGACUUCGGAUUGCUGUUGGCGUAACAUUUCCUCUAGAGACAGCUCGACGAAGACACGUAUCAUCCCUUUGGGGACCAGAGGAGCGCCAUCUUGCUUUGAUUCGCGCCACUUCCGGUUUUACCCUCCCUUCCCGUCACAGAUAUUUUUGGUAGGUUGGCAAUUUUAUUUUUUCUCAAAUACGAAAAUCAAAAAACGAUUUUCAUUUCGGAUUUCAUCAGCAUUGAUACUGUUUCCCGCAGUUUCGUUACACAUGAAUAGCUUUGUCAAGUUUGAAUUUUUAAUAAGCUGGAAUCUAGGGAAGUGGAAAUUGAAAAUACAUUUUCAACUUCGGUACCAGGCAAAAAUCUCAAAAUUAAAGAUUAUCGUUUAGUUUUCCUUUUCCUUAAAAACAAGAAAUGAAAGCCGCCACCUGGCCAUUUUCAAUUUUUGAUUUUUGAUUUUCAAGAUAUUGAAAUUGUUUUCCAAUUUCUUGUUUCUUAGAAACAAAAAUUGACGAUUGAGAUUGUAAAUUUGUGAUUUUCAAUUCUUGAGGAAUCAAACAUUGAAAAUCACGAUUGUGAAUUUUUGAUUUUCAAUUUUCAAUUUGGAAUAAAAAUCAAAUGGACGAAAACCACACGGACCAGAGAUGCCCUGUAAAAUUGUUCAAAAAAUUUUUGGAACGAAGACCCGAAGAAAUGCGAAACAGUGGUCCAUUCUAUCUUGCCUUGAAUGAACGACCAAAGACCCAAGUGUGGCAUAAGCGUCAAAGAAUGGGCGUCAACAGCAUUAAUUCCUUUAUGAAGAAUAUGGCAAGUCAAGCAGACAUACAAGGCAAAAAGCUCACAAACCACAGUGUUCGCAAAACCUUGGUGAAGAAGUUGAAAGCUGCAAAUCAACCGCGGUUAGCGAUUAUUGGCGUGACAGGCCAUACCAAUGAAAGGUCCCUUGCAGAUUAUGGAGAAGGCGAUGAGAAAGAACAGCAACUCAUUUCUUCAAUCAUCAGUGCAGAGUGUGCAACGGCACAAUCCAGCAGAGUUCGUCAACCGCUUGAAAGAUUAGACGCUGUAAACACAGCUGUGGCGAACACUUUCCUCAUG